AGAGAGAGAGAGCAAGCAUUAUCAGAGUAGGAGAGUGUUUUACCACUGUUGACUGUCGGCAGCGUCACUCCUUUGGCAGCAGAGGCACCUCCACUCGUCCGCUCUACACACACGGUGGCAACACACUGACUGAACCUCCUCCACUUCAGCUCAAGCUCCACUUCAGUGGAAUACUUCAACAGGACGGCUGCUUAUCUGCCUUUUCACUGGUGGCUUCAAGAGCUUUUAAAAAAGUUCAAUUGUUUUUCCCCCCAUCUCUCAUGGACCAGUUUUAACUCAGAAUAAAAGGGACUUAUUUGCCUCCUACAUCUUUAGUUCAGAUGUGUGGAAUGUGUUUAAAAUUCUACAGGACGUACAAGUUUCGGGAUGUGCAUGACUUUCAGGUUGCCUGAAGGAGAGGUGAAACUGAACUGAUGCUGUUGUUCGAGAUUUGGAAAUACAGUGGUAUAAAAUGAAAGAUUAAAUACAACAUCGUCAUGGUAUCGCAGGAUUAGACAUUUCCAGCACCUAGCUAUGUCUCUUUGCUGUUGCUUGUUUCUGAUAUUCAGGUUAAAAAAUUGCAUGCCUUGAUCUCUGAAUACUGAAACAUGGAAAUUCUGAACACCACUCUACCAACUGAUGUGAACAGCAGUCUACCAACCAAUGCAACUCUGACAGGGGAUGAAGAACGUGAGUUGCAGUCUUUGUUGCUGGUCCUCAUGGUGAUCAUAAUCACCAUUAUCAUUGUGGGUAACCUUCUGGUCAUCAUCGCUAUCGCAUACACCUCCCAGCUGCAGACCACAACGAAUAUCUUCAUCAUGUCAUUGGCUUGUGCUGACCUCAUAAUGGGGGUUCUGGUGGUGCCACUGGCUGCCACAAUUGUCGUAACGGGAAAAUGGCAACUCACCAAGACUUUGUGCGAGUUAUGGACAUCAGUUGAUGUGUUAUGCGUCACUGCCAGUAUAGAGACACUUUGCAUCAUCGCAGUGGAUCGGUAUAUUGCAAUCACGCGGCCUCUGCGACAUAAAGUGCUCCUGAAUAAGUGUAGGGCUCGAAUUAUUGUUUGUGUCGUGUGGCUGGUCUCAUCUCUAAUCUCCUUCGUCCCCAUUAUGAAUCAUUACUGGCGUUUGGAUAUUGGCAAUGAUACAAACUUGAGAGAAUGUAACAAGGACCCCAAUUGUUGUGACUUUAUAGCAAAUGUGCCAUUUGUUAUAAUUUCAUCAGUGGUUUCAUUCUACAUCCCUCUACUCAUCAUGAUUUUUGUAUAUGCACGCGUCUUUCUCAUUGCCACACGACAGGUACAGCUAAUCGACAAAAACCGUUUGAGGUUCCAAAACGAGUGUAUAGGAAAUCAGAUACAGCCAAUGCACCACGGCAACAACAACUUGCCUUCGAUGUGCAAUAACUUCGGAGGAACGACGGCAAGGCGGAAAAAUUCCCGAAGGCGACCAUCGGUCGUCAAGGAGCACAAGGCCCUCAAGACACUGGGCAUCAUCAUGGGUGUCUUCACACUCUGCUGGCUGCCUUUUUUUGUGGCGAACAUCAUCAAUGUCUUCAAUCGAGAAGUGCCGGACAGGAACAUUUUUCGUUUAUUAAACUGGUUAGGCUACAUCAACUCCGGCCUCAACCCCAUCAUCUACUGUCGAAGCCCAGAGUUUCGUAUCGCAUUCAAGAACCUUCUUGGCUGUCCUUGGUUGCCCUUUCUAAAAAUGAACUUCCUUUUGAAAGGGCUUCGGACUCGAUGCCCCUGUUUCAUGGGGUCUAUGGAGCCAGGAAUACCGGGAACAUUCCAGAAGACCCCCACAUUGCCUGAAGAAGGGAUCAGCCAGAGCAGCUACAGGAGCGAGGAGGCAUUGCCGGGACUGCCACACUCCAAUGGCAGCACCUUCUUCAGCGAAUUCUCCGAAGCCGAGGAAGAGUUCUGUAACCUACAGGGGCAGGAUGGCUGAAAGAUUCUAUCAUGACUGAAAGAAAAGGACGCUGAGGAAGAAACAGACAAAAGGACUGACCUACGUCACAGUUGGCUCCCCAGCAGAGACCACAAGGGCCCAGCAAAACAUCCAUGAAGCCAUCAGGGGAACCAGCUCCAAAAAUGAAAGACAAAAGAGUGAAAAGAUAUAACCGCAGAGAGACAAGCGCUGAGAGAAAUGACUCACAAACAGCCCAUCUAUGGAGAGAACGACUGAACUGGUACUGCUCAUGGAGGAGUGUAAUACAGAGCGAUCCGAAACUGCUUACAUUCUAUCAAGCCGCGGAGUUCUGGCGCGAUCCACUUCAGCCCGGUUUGGUCUGGAUUGUUUGGCAAAAAACUAACCAGACCUGUAGAUCCUCCAACAUGUGUUUCGGCAUCUUCUGAGAAUGGACUUCUUUAAAUACACGGACACAAUAACUCUGAACAGACUCUUUAAGCACAGAGGGUUUUUUAUCAAAUAUUAAAAAGUUUAGAUUUUGUACAGCAUCAUACACUAAAUUAUUAUUAUUUAUUUUACUUCCCACAUUUUAGCUGUGAAUGUCUAAAAUGCUUGCAACAUAUAUCUGUGUUGUACAGGUUAACACUUCAGCAGUCCACUGAUUCCCCCCCCCACCCCAGUGCAAUCAACUCAAUAUAAGCUACAAGAUUUCCCGCUCAAAUAUCCAUCUUCACCCCUGAGAAUGUUGAGGGCAGGUGAACGGCUUCACCAAUUUGAAUAGGAGCAUUUAAAUUUGGAUGCUGUGCAAUUAAGUGUAAACUGUGUAAAACUGAAAACAGAUCUAUUAGAGAAAGACCAAUUAUCCGCUCACUCAAAAAAAAAAGGGAUGCAUUGAUAUUAAAAUUUUGGCCGAUACCCAUUAUUAUUUUCAUGGUACUGUCGAUAACCAAUGAAUAUAGCUGAUGUUGAAAUUCCACACUAUUUUGUUUUAAGAAAUACAUUUGCUAAAGAUAACAAUUAUUGUUAUUAAUUACUAUCAUUUCAUUUUCUUUCAAUAAAACAUAAAUAAAUAAAAAGAUUAGAGUGAAAUGAACAGUGAUUAUGUAUUCCUGAAGAUGAACUUAAAGUGUCAGAUGGUACAAAGGUAAUCAAGUAUACACAAUUACACUGAAAAAAAUAAAAAAUUAUAU